AUGGAUGUGCUUGGUGUUAACCACGUGAACAGAAAAAAGCAGCAGACCGCGGCCUCCAAACGAAGUAAAAAGCCUCUCAAAGUUGUUUACAUAUCAACCCCCAUGAAGGUCAAGACCAGUGCCUCGGAGUUCAGAGACCUUGUCCAGAAACUCACCGGCCGAGAAUCCGACACGGCACGGUUUAUGGAGCUUAAUAUCGGUGCCGAUCAUCAUCAAGAACCUUGUAAAUUUUCCGAUCAUGAACAACAACAACUGAUCAUGAAUGAGGCAUCGGAGUUUCCUCGUUCCAUAUCUUAUAGCAGCGAGAUGCUGCAGCCAUAUUCAGAGGCUUCAGCUUUCAAAUCAUUCUCCGAGCUUCUUCAGCUGGACGUGCUCAGAAGCUUUGGUUCAAUGUAA